UUGUAUCCUACCGCUGAGGAGUCACGAGAAGUUUUAGCUUUCGUGAAGCUUCACCGAAAAUGACACAGAUGUGAGUUAGUAGAGAUGACACAGGUGACCCGAAUGAAAACGCCUUAGCUGGAAAGGCUUCUGGGGAGACGCGGACCCUUACUUGUGUGAGGUUCGGGCUGCCUACUUUGUUAGCCCACCUGCACUCCGAGUGGAUUUGCUAUUGGUGGAACCUCUGUGGUUGCUAGCGAAGCUCGUUAGCCGCUAACUAACGAGCUAACUACCCCAGCUAAUAACGAGCUAACUAGCCGCUUCGCCCGAGUGAAGUGAACAGGUCGCGGUGCGAGAAGCUAACGGCGGCGCCGCUACUUUUGGAGGACUGGAUAUCUUUACGGAGGAAUUGCUUUCCGCCAGAAGUGGUGUUAUCAACCACGGUGGCAGCUGCAUUGUUGUGCCUCUCCCCUGCCUUCUUCUCAUUGUUGGCGAAGCCUCCUGACUGCACACCGCCGACUCCAUGCAUGCUCGCAAAGGCUGCAGCCAUCUACAGUGAUGUCACAUUAGCCAACGAACAUUAGUGUUUUUAUUUUGGCCAUUUAUGUGUUUAUGCGGUCACUGGUACGAGCUUCUGGAGACUGAACGUGCAGUAUCAUCCCACCCCUGACGCCAGUAUAAUAACUGUACUUUCAUGUCGUAUCACCCGACAGCCAGUAGUCCCUCCAAAAGAACCAGACGCGGAGCAUGCAGGAAAAGAAAAUACUUCAGAUAAGUAGAUAGGGGACGUUGGACACUACCGAGUUAAUUUGGACUGUGUGGUUAAUCUACGCCCAAAACAGGGGUUGCAUUUGGUGGCCGAACUGACAGAGAAAGGAAAAGAUGAAGAAGUUUUCCAGAAUGCCAAAGUCCGAGAGCGGCGGGCUCGGAGGGGCGUCCAGCUCCGGCUCCGGACUCAGCAGCUACUUGGGGAAAGUGUUUGCAAUCGGCCGGUAUCAGGUCACCGUGGACGAGCUUAUUGCAGAAGGAGGCUUUUCGGUGGUGUUUCUGGCUCGUACGCACAGUGGUGUCCGCUGCGCGCUCAAAAGGAUGUACGUCAACAACGUCCCGGACCUGAAUGUGUACAAGAGAGAGAUCACUAUCAUGAAGGAGCUGUCGGGUCACAAGAACAUUGUCGGCUACCUGGACUCCACCAUCAACGCUGUGUCGGACAGCGUCUGGGAGGUCCUGAUCCUCAUGGAAUACUGUAAAGCGGGCCAGGUGGUGAAGCAGAUGAACCAGCGGCUGAAUGUGGGCUUUACUGAAGCCGAGGUCCUCCACAUCUUCUGCGACACCUGCGAGGCCGUGGCCCGCAUCCACCAAUGCAAGACGCCAGUCAUCCACAGAGACCUGAAGGUUGAAAACAUCCUGCUGAAUGACCAGGGAAAUUACGUGCUGUGUGACUUCGGCAGUUCCACCCACAAGAUUUUGCUGCCGCAUAAAGAAGGAGUGACCGCCGUUGAGGACGAGAUUAAGAAGUACACAACGCUCUCAUACCGGGCGCCGGAGAUGAUUAACGUGUAUGCAGGGAAAGCCAUCACCACUAAGGCUGAUAUAUGGGCACUUGGAUGCUUGUUGUACAAGCUGUGUUUCUUCUCACUUCCAUUUGGGGAGAGCCAAGUUGCCAUUUGUGACGGAACCUUUAUCGUUCCAGAUAACUCCAAAUUCUCGUUCAAGUUGCACUGUCUAAUCAGGUAUAUGCUUGAACCCGACCCGGAGAAGAGACCAGACAUUUACCAAGUGUCCUACUUUGCCUUCAAAUUAGCUGGGAAAGACUGUCCGGUGCCAAAUCUCUUCAACUCUCCCAUCCCUACAUCGCUUCCAGAGCCUCUAACCGCGAGUGAGGUCGCUGCUAGAAAGGGCAUGACGAAAGCCAGGAUCACAGACGCCGUGGGCCCGACGGAAACAUCAAUAGCUCCCAGACAGAGGCCAAAGGCGGCAAACAGUAACGUCCUGCCGAUCGCCAACACUGUCACCCCUGUCAAGAUGACCGUGCCCUCAGCACCCGUCAGCAACGGCCAGAAAGCUCCCAUCCCUGGCUCUGGGCAGCCACCCGUGCAGCCCCAGCCCAGCAGUCAGCAGCACCGAGUCCUGCAGCAGCUCCAGCCUGGUGACCUGCGUCUCCAGCAGCUACAACAACAACAACAACAACAACAACAGCAUCACCACCAACAACAACAAGCAGUGCAGCAACAACACGCAAAUGCACAGCAACUCCAAUACCUCCAGUACCAACAGGCUGUGCAGCAGUCUCUCCAGCUUCAGCAGCAGCAGGCGCUCCUCCACCAGCAGCAGCAGCAGCAGCAGCAGCAGCAGCAGCAGCAGCAGCAGCAGCAGCAGCAGAUGAUGAUGCAGCCCAUGUACCAGCAGCAGAUUGCUCAGGCUCAAGCUCAGGCCCAAUACGUAGCCAUGCUGCACCAGUACCAACAGGCUUUUAUCCGACAGCAGCAGCAGCAGCAGCAGCAGCAGGAGCUUCAUCAUCAUCUUCAUCAGCAGCAGCAGCAGCUUCAUCCCGCUCCACAGACUCUCCCCUACAUGCCCUCCCCUCUUGAGUUCCAGAUUCCGCUGGGAUCCUACAACACGACCACUCCCACUGCCGGAGCUGGAGCUGUGCAGGUGGGAGGACCAUCCCCUGUCGAUCCCUCGUACUCUAACCCCAGCAGGAACCCUCUCCUUGCUUCAGAUGGGAUCGCGCCACUCUCUCAGAGCAGCAACAGUACAGCCACUAACCCCCCCGACAUGUCCCGCUGGAACCCCUUUGGAGAGGACAACUUCUCCAAGUUGACAGAGGAGGAGCUGAUCGACCGGGAGUUCGACAAACUUCGAGCAAGUAAGCCGGUGGAGAGAACAGCCAGUGUGGAAAAGGAGCGAGCGCCGCCUGCCUCCUCCUCCGCCAAAACCCUGCUACCAGAGGACCUGUUUGGAUCAGUCCCGUUCGUGGCCAACGCAGGUACAGAUGGGAUCAACUCUGAGCAGACCAAUCAGGAGGUCAGUGUUCUCACCCUCAUCUCAACCGCAGAGGAUCUGCAACCAGCCGCGGCGAAGGAGCACAAAGUGAGUAGAAGGAGCAACUGCGCACCAGGUGAAUGGUCCGACAGCGACUUUGAGUCUGACCCUCCUUCGCCGAAGAGCAGUGAGGAAGAGGAGCCCGAGGAGGAAGAAGGCCUGAAUAGUGAACAUGGUGAAGACAAUGAGCCAGAGAAUUUAGGGCAGAGGCCUCUGUUGAUGGACUCCGAAGAAGAGGGAGAGGAGGAUGAAGACAAGCACAGCUCUGACUCAGAUUUUGACCCUAGCAGGGUCAGGAGCCAAUCAAAGAAAACCCCGGCCGGUAAAGCAGCUGUAGCGACCGCCAGUCCUAGGGAGACUUCUGCCAUGACCCUGAUCAGCCCUCUCGAGUCUCCGAGCGGAGUGAGAGCUGCUUCAGCUGAAGACUCUGUGGAUGUUUUUGGUGCUGUGCCCUUCCUUGGAGGAACCUCGCCUGUCGGACCUACAGAGAACUCGGACAUCUUUGCUAAAGCACCUUUCAGGCAAGUUAGCAACGAGCAGCUAACUAGGGACGAGUUCGAUGUUUUUACCAAAGCGCCAUUCAACCGGAACCUCUCCAAGUCGGGCAAGAGCGGCAAUGAUCUCUCCAUUUCCCCUGAGCCCAUUGACAUCUUUGGCUUCUCUCCCUUCGAGCCAGGUCCCGUCGCACCGUUACCCACGACAUCCAGAAGUGCAGAAGAUAUCUUCCAUCCGUCUUUUGAGGAGUCGGCCAGCCCUCAGCAGCAGAGGCUGAAGCAGCGCAGUCUCCAGAAGCUGUCAUCACGGCAGAGAAAAAACAAGCAGGAAAUCACAACAGGCGGCAGCAUCGGCAAACGCCACCACGGUACGCCAACUGGAAGUCGCAAGGGCAACAAGCCGACUUACCGCACACCUGAGCGAGUCCGCAGACACAAGAAGGUCGGCAGCAGAGACUCGCAGAGCAGCAACGAGUUCCUCAGCACCUCCGACUCUAAGGAGAACAUCAGUGUUGAUAUAACCAUGGCAGAGGAGAAGGACAAAGGAGCUUCUCUCCCCGUAGACGAGGCUCUUUUGGACCCUUUUGGAGCCAAGCCUUUCCAUCCGCAGGACGGCAGUCGGCACAGCCAGUAUCAAGGACUCGCUGACAGCAUAGGCGACAUGGGCCCAGCCAAUAGUAAGUCCUGGACUGGCUCCCUUUACGACGCUCUUGGAGACAGCAGCAUGGAUGAUUUCGGGGCGGUGCCCUUCACAGAAAUGGUCGUCCACAGUGGACCUGAGGAGCAACCGCCCUCACAGCCGCUGGACCUCGACCCGUUUGGAGCUGCACCUUUUCCAACGAAGCAGUGACUUCCCAACCUGCCAGCGGCUGUUAAUAACACCUGAGCACUUUCUCUUUUCUUUCUUUGGAAUAUCUUCAAUCAGUCCUGAAACGACAAGCUAACAAAUGAUUUUUUUUAAAGAACAUUUUAAUGCAUCUCUCUAUUUGAAUAACAAAAGUCCUGUGGAGUGCAAGAGAUGUUACCACAUAUCUUUCAGCUGUACCUGUUUGCUGAGAAGCCUUCUAUGCUGCAUCCUAACACUUUUGAAGACGUUUGAAGUGGAGCAGAAAACCCACUCGGAAGUCGCACUGUGAUCAAAAGCUUAACUCGCUGCAGAAAGCUCUUUAUGGCUUGCCUUCUCAUCUACCAGUUUUAUUUUUUAGCACCUCGUAGCCUUACCUGAGCUAGGCUCUGCCUUGCUGCACAGUACCUCGGAAACCACGACACAGACAGCCCACGUUGGCCUUUUUGUCGCUUGGAUUCUUCGGGAAUGACCUAACCACUUUUUGUUUCAUUCUUAUUAGAUCUUUCUCUAUGCAUAAUGUAUCUGUAGUCUUCACACAGCAAUGUGAAGCUGUCAUCUUUGUUGAAUUACACUUUCCAUCCUAGAGGGUAUCAAAUGUUAUUGUACUUCCCUAAAAUGCUAAUCGAAUCAGGUAUACAUUUUGGCUCUUAACUGGUUUAUCUUUUCCCUAACCGUAAACAUUGAAGUACUGUUCAUUUUACAUGUUUAUUCUAUAACUCAACCUAUUUUGUUAAAAAAUAAGAAUUAAUAAAACACAAACAAAUUAGAUCACUGUUCUUAGAACCCUUUUAAAAACCCACAAGGUGUACCUCCAUUAUCUCAGAAAAACUUCUAACAUUGAAACCCAUAAUGUGAUCAGAAAAAUAAAUGCUCAAGAAUGAAAACAUACUAUAAGGUUUGUUAUUGUUCACAAAUCAUAUGAAAAGACCAAAACCAACGACGUGUAAAUCCGUCUGUCAAUACAAUCUGUCCGUGGCUCUCAAACCCACGCUCCAUCUGUAAAUCUACAGUCAAGAGACCCUUAGCUUAGCUUAGUAUAAACACUGGUAAAAGUGAAAAUCGCUAGCUUGACUUUGUCCAACUCUACCAAAAUGUGCCUACCAACAUAUAUAAAGCUUAAUGAUUUAAUACUAAAAGUUUGUGGGUUUUUCAUAUUUUUUUACAGGACGUUAUGUACGACACUAUUUCUUGAACUGUAGCAGUGACGUCCUCGGGUCCCAGUGGUUUCUGUGAAACCUCAAGGUGACGAAAAGACUAGAGAACGUGAUGGUAGGAAGACUUAGCUACCUUGAGACCAAGCCAGGCUAGCUUUUCUUUCCGUAUCAGUCUUUAUGCUAAGCUAAUCUGCCUCUGCUUUUUAUUGAAAUCUAGCUAUGUGUGAGGUAUCAUCAAUCCCCCCAUCAAACUCAGAGCGAAAACGAUAGCAUUUUAUAUAGAUGUAUUUCAUUUCAAGCAGCAGAUAAAUACACAUUUUGUGCCGCAGAACACUGUGUGUUCAGGCAGCAUGACUUAUUUCUAGCAAACUUAUGAGCACCACUCUGGUAUUCACAAGUUUAAAAGUGAUUCUUUUAAAUCAAGGCCUGAUGUAUCGGAUCAGUGACUCAUUUUGGUCUUUUCAUGUUAUUUGUUGACCAUAACAAGUAAUAGUGCAUGUCUUUCUGCAAAAUAUCCAUUUGCGUAUUCAUAAAGGGAAACACAUUAAUACCGAGAUAUCUGUAGUGUGUAUUCAAGUCGUUUGUACAGAUGCACGUGUCGGCGCUGAACUCUUCCAUGAACUCGUUCUGUGUGCUCUCCAUGACGGCCUUUAAUGCUGCUUCACCUUCACAACCUUUGGCUCAUUGAAUUCAACCCGCAGGUUGCCGUGUUUGACCAGUGGAACCAUUUGAUACAACUACUUUCCAGCUUUCAUUUUUUUCACAAGGGUAUCUCUGAUAUUGUAUUUAUCAUGCUUUACUGCGGUUUGAUGCAAUAAAAAAAAGUGAACAACGUUA